UAAAUAUGGCAUAGGCGUUGGCAGCAGAAAAUUAUGAAUUCAAAGCUGCUCCUGAAGUAGUGAAACCUAAGACCAAAUACAGACCACAAGUAAUCUAGCAAUCUGACGAACAAAAGGAUAGGUUUAGAUUCAAAUUUAUAUUAAGUUCAUUACUAGGAUGCAACAUUAUGUUUGACAAGAGAGUUAUAAGGGGGAAUACUUAUGCAAGCGUAUAAACACAAGGCGAUAAGAAAUUAAUGACUUUGAAAUCAUUCAAAAAACCUACCUAAAAAGCGGUUACAUAAUCAAACUAUCCAAAUAGGCUCCUCAAGCAUAAACCACUUAUCUACAUCCUCAAACACCCAGACCAUUUUAGAAUCGUGUGAAUAUUGACAUACAAACUGAUGAGUAUCUUGAAAUCCUAACUGAUAAACCACCUGAACAAGAAAUGGAUGCCUAAACAGACUAUUAUAUUGAUAAGCCUCCCGAUCGAUUAUUUGUACCAAAGAAAAACGGAAUCGAUAAGGUAAAAUAAUACACUUUCUAUUUCAUUAGGAAACUUAAAUAUGGGAAGGUGAUCUAUUCGAUUUUGACCAAGAAGUAGAACCCAUUCUAUAGGUUUUGAUGAAUAAGAUCUUAGAAUAAUCAAGAAUGGAAGUUCUGGAAGAAGAAGAAAUCAAAUUGAUGAAAUUAUAACAAAAAUAGCAUGAAAAAUAAAAGGCAGAUGUCUUUUCAAAUAUGCAAAGAUUAGAAGCUGUAUAAUAAAGAUUAGAUUAAGAAGAAGCACGAAGAAAAUUAUAAUACGAAACAUUUCUUAAAAUCUAAAAACAAAGUCAUUAGAAAAUAAUCUGCAGAACUUUGUCAAAAUCUCUGAUUGGUCCUCUAAAGCAAAAUACCUUCAAGAAACUCUAAGAUUUAGGAGUUUAUAGAGAUCCUUUGGAAACUGCUUUAUUAUCGGAAUAUCUACCUUGGAUGUAUUCAAAUAUAUUGACUGAUUUAAUCGACGAGGAUGGAAAUAAAAGCAGUUUCAAUAGUAAAUUUAUAUAUCAAUAAUUAGAUAUGUUAUUUGAUGUUGAAGAUUCACUUACUAAUGCACAUGCUAACUCAAUUCUAAGAAGAAAACAAUUUAUAGAAAAUCAUUAUGAAGAAAUUGCUAGGAAGAAAAGAGAAAAAGAGGAAAUGAAGAGACAAGAAGAAGAAAGAAUAUUGAAGGAAAUUGAAGACACAAGAUUGGCUGAAGAGGAAUUGGCUCGUUAAUAAGAAUAGUUGGCCCUAGAGCAAUAAUAAAAUUAAUAACAAGAAUGAUAAAGGAAACAAUGAUUAAUUUAAGUUUUAUUAACUCUAUUAAUG